CCCACGCCGACCUCACUUCCUGCCGCCGCUUCCGCCUCCGGGCCGCGCCGGUUGCUGCUGCCGCCGCCGCCGCCGCCGCCGUUGCUGCUCGGAGGCCGGGGGACAGCCGCCGGGCGCUGAGCUAGAAGCACCAUGAAGCGCUUAGAAAUCUCGAGUGGCUUGCAACUCCGCUUGUAUUCGUGGACCUGAGUGCCCACCCCCAGCAGAAUUCUUUGCUUAAGAGGAGGCAGAUUUUCACCUACUGAAUAAGACUGUGGACUCGCAUUGAUGCUUCUCGGUGUUGUCUUGUGUGCUCUCCUGUGCCAGAGUGAAUUUUAUCCUGGGACUGCCUGGUGACAGAACAUCGCAGUUGUACCAGUUUGGGAGCAAAAUAUGGAAUGUAUUUCACUGCUGACCGAAGGCAGCCAAAUGAACAGUAUUUAUAGUAGUUUGAAAAUCAGCAGUUAGCAGUUUCUUCACAUUCUAACACUACCCAGCACUUUCCAGAGAGAACUCAUUGUUUACAAGAAAUCUGCUUUCCAAAUCCGUUGCGGUGCCCUCCAGCCUUGACUAUUAACUAUUUGCAAAGGGGAAGCUAAUCUGCGGUUUGGGGAAAGAUGGCAAUGGAUGAGUACCUGUGGAUGGUCAUUGUGGGUUUUAUCAUUGCUUUUAUUUUAGCCUUUUCAGUUGGUGCAAAUGAUGUUGCCAAUUCUUUCGGAACGGCUGUGGGCUCUGGUGUUGUUACUUUACGCCAGGCUUGCAUUUUGGCUUCAGUUUUUGAAACCACUGGCUCGGUAUUACUGGGAGCAAAAGUAGGAGAAACAAUUCGGAAAGGUAUCAUUGAUGUUAACCUUUACAACAACACUGUCCCACUGCUGAUGGCAGGAGAAGUGAGUGCAAUGGUUGGUUCUGCUGUUUGGCAGCUGAUUGCAUCGUUCUUGAAACUCCCGAUAUCAGGGACCCAUUGCAUCGUAGGUGCUACAAUUGGAUUUUCUCUGGUGGCAAUUGGCACGCAGGGAGUCCAGUGGAUGCAGCUUGUCAAGAUUGUUGCCUCUUGGUUUAUUUCCCCGCUGUUAUCUGGCUUGAUGUCUGGAGUCCUCUUUGUGCUGAUUAGAUUCUUCAUUUUAAAAAAGGAAGACCCUGUGCCCAAUGGUCUCCGUGCACUUCCAGUGUUUUAUGCUGCUACCAUAGCUAUCAAUGUGUUUUCCAUCAUGUACACAGGGGCACCAGUACUGGGACUGAUACUGCCAAUGUGGGCCAUUGCUCUAAUAUCUGUUGGUGUAUCCUUAGUAUUUGCCAUCUUAGUCUGGAUUUUUGUGUGCCCCUGGAUGAAGAGAAAAAUAGAAAGCCGGUUAAAGAAAGAUGCUGCACUGUCAAGAAUAUCUGAUGAAAGUCUUGAUAAAAUUCAAGACGAAGAAACACCAGUCUUUAAAGAGCUUCCUGGUGCCAAAGCAUCUGAUGAGAGCACAAUUCCCCUUACUGGCUCCGUAGCAGAAGCUGCUGGGGCAUCAGAUACUAUUGCAAAUGGAAAUCAUCCACGUGUACCAUACGGAAGAGCAUUUUCAAUGACACACACUUCUGUGAAAUCGCCUGUUACCAAUGGCACCUUCAGCUUCGAUGGCCAGGUGAGGAGCGACGGCCAUGUUUAUCACACUGUGCACAAGGACUCAGGUUUAUACAAAGACUUGCUCCACAAAAUACACCUGGACAGGGCCGCCGAUGAGAGGCCUGCGCAAGAAAACAACUACAAACUGUUACGACGCAACAACAGUUACACUUGUUACACAGCUGCUAUUUGUGGCAUGCCCGUGCAUUCCUCCUUUAAGGCAGCGGACACAUCAACUCCAGAGGACAGUGAGAAGUUAGUGGGAGACACUGUUUCCUACUCCAAGAAGCGGGUUCGCUAUGACAGCUACUCCAGCUACUGCAAUGCAGUGGCCGAGGCAGAGAUCGAGGCGGAAGAAGGUGGCGUGGAAAUGAAGUUGGCUUCUGAACUUGCAGAUUCUAACCGGCCCCCAGUUGAUCCUGUGGAAGAGGAUAAGGAAGAGAAAGAUACGUCUCAGGUCCAUCUACUUUUCCACUUCCUCCAGAUCUUAACAGCCUGCUUUGGAUCCUUUGCCCAUGGAGGUAAUGAUGUCAGCAAUGCAAUUGGUCCCCUUGUCGCGCUCUGGCUUAUCUAUGAGCAAGGUGGUGUAAUGCAAGAAGCGUCAACUCCCAUCUGGCUGCUGUUCUAUGGAGGUGUCGGGAUCUGUGUGGGUCUCUGGGUCUGGGGUAGAAGAGUUAUCCAGACCAUGGGUAAAGACCUCACUCCAAUCACACCAUCAAGUGGAUUCACUAUUGAGUUGGCUUCGGCGUUCACAGUUGUGGUAGCUUCCAAUGUUGGACUUCCUGUCAGUACUACACACUGCAAGGUCGGCUCCGUGGUGGCCGUCGGCUGGAUCCGCUCCAAGAAAGCUGUCGACUGGCGCCUUUUCCGCAACAUCUUCCUGGCAUGGUUUGUGACUGUGCCGGUAGCUGGCUUGUUCAGCGCUGGAGUGAUGGCACUGCUGAUGUACGGGAUCCUGCCUUACAUCUGAGGAGCCUCCCCCGCUGGGAAAAGGGGAAAUGGCCAAGCUACUACCCAGGGGAGAAGCGUUCCCAUGAAAGAACCAGUCAGAGAGGAUCCAUCUUCCAUAUCUAACUUCUUAUCUACUGUACAUAACAAUGUGUCAUAUUGGUGACAUGGUGAUGUGGUGCCAUUUCUUAUAUAUUAAAGAAAUAUAUAUGCAUAUAGUAGGUAACAAUACCUAAGUUAUAUUAUCAGUGGGGUGAAAAUAAUUGCCUAGAAUUUAAUAUUAAGUAAAAUUUGUACAUAGUGUAUCAUUUUGGUGGCAAUUUUUUAAUCUUUUGAAGAAGAGUAUGGAUUAGGAAAUGUUUCUUGUCCAUUUGAUAUAAGAAGAAGCGAGGUACAGGACUGCAUAACACAUGAAUUUUUUUAAAGCUAUUAAGAUACUGGAACAAAAUAAAAAUGUGCAGAAGUGCUUUUCAUAAAAUAACUUUGUUCAUAUCAUAUUGAUCUUUGUGUAUCAUAGCAUGAUGGUUAUGGCUGUGUAAAUACUUACAAACAGUAACUUUUAAAUGGUGCAUUUCCCUUAUAUAUUUUGGAUAAGAAAGUUUAGGAAGUACCAAAGAAGCAGGGGAAUAGCUUGCCGAUACUAUGUCGUUGUCUACACGUGUGAGUGUGUGUUGUGUUUCCCCACCUCUAACUCAAUGUUGUUUUCACCAAGCUCCCGCCAGCGAGGCUGGGAUUAGUACUGUUCAUGUCUUAUUGUAACUUUAAAAAAAAAAAAAGCACGCACAAAAAAGUUAGUUCUCGUUACUUAGUAGGCAGACCACAGUUCUCCACAUUAGCUGAUAUUAGACUGACUUCAUUUUGUGGGUUGAAUUUGAAGUACGUCACUGCUCACCUUCUACCUUUCCCCUUCAAGUCUCCGCUCCCGGUUGCCCUGCUAUCAAUUCCAGCAGGAGAACGGACCGUCAGUCUCCUCGUUUUCUGUCCAUCCAGCCACAACCACACACUCUCAGGUACAGGAGCCGGACUGUGGGGUGCGUUGCACCCCCCCGUACAGAACCGAAGGGCAGCAGCGGGUAGGGAACGGGCUUAGCCCUGGUGGUGUGGUUGAAGGUGUGGGCGCCCGUGGGAGUGCUGACCCGCACAAGGGCUGGCAUGUCAGGAGCAUGGCAAGGAUGCGAGCAGAUGCUGGGUCCCGUUGGCGAGUCCCAUCCCGCGCUACAGCUCAGCAGCUUCCCGCUGUGCUGCAGGGGUGGGACGGGAGCCUGGCUGUGCAUGGAUGGCGGUUGCAUGGUAACCAGCAUUUGGGAUGAAAUUUUUUCACGGCAGCUCAGGGGGAAAUGGCUAGCUACAUCCCCUGCACGGCUUUGGAAAGCACAUUUGGGUGAAGGUUACUGUUUUGUGGGUGGGGAAGCAAAGGGCAAGGGGUGCCCAGAGGAGGUUGGGAAUAUAUUACUGUUUAAAUGCUGCUAAAAUUUUGAUAAAAUGUUCUUGGUACUCCAUUGUGACUUUUCCAUUGGUCAUUCAUACUAAAUUUAUAAUAAAAAGAUAAACAGCCCCUA